AUGGCAAUGAUGGUCAAAGCGAGCACCCCCAAUCGUGUUCCCGAGCACGACGACACCACUGGUACUGCUCGCCAAUCUGAUAGCACUGGAACCGGGACCAAAGUGGAUCCCAUAGACGUCGACGACACUAACGUCCCCACCGACCAUCAGACUAGCGAUCUGAUGAUGCUGAAAGACUUGUUGGCCAAAGAAAAGGUGGCAGUGUGUGACAUAAUACAAAAACGCUUGCAACUCAACCAACCCGAUCCCAAAUUGGUGGAGAUCUACGCUAAGAGAGUGACCGAAGUACUAAGCAAAAACCUGUCCACCGACCUCGCUUUGGCGGCAUUGAACGUGGUGUAUGCUCUCUGCCUCAAGGAUGGGAUUUUCCACGCCUCCAAAAUUGUCCGCAUUCAACUCAUUAACGCAAUUAUCCGUCAGGCGGAGCCGGUCAGUGUUAGGGCUGGCGCCAUUUUGGAUAUUCUUUGGGACGUCGUCCCCACCGACGUCCUAGGGGUGUUGCGCCUGGGUCAGUACGCCUCUCCGUUCGUCGCUAAAACUUUUCUUCCUCGGCUUACAAGAGAGGUCGAUGAAAAUGACGUAGAGAGGGGCUACAAUUGUCAACGUUGCCCAUGUCAUGACACCGGCUGUGAUGGUGUAGGUGCAGACCCCUGA